ACGACACCGGUACCACAUCAAAGCGUCAGAUAAUACGUGGCUAAGAAAGAACGAAGGCAAACGGUUCGCGAUGAAAGUGUUUCUGUGCGUUGCGCUGGUGAUGUUGGCGUUCGUCGCCAUCGAGGCCGUUCCCGUCGGGGAAGCACCCGUCGUGCUGGACGAUCCUUCGCAGGAGCCUCAGGCCGUUGCCCCGGAGGAAGAUGUUGUCGUGCUGUACGAAGACGGUGAGGUAGUCCGGGAGAAGCGCCACAGCCGGUAUGGUGGCGGAUACGGAGGAGGAUACGGUGGUUAUGGCGGAUAUCGCGGAGGAUUCGGAGGAUACGGAGGCUAUGGAGGAUACGGACGAGGCUUCGGAUACGGACGAGGAUACGGAGGAUACGGGGGCGGUUAUGGAGGCUACGGAGGAUAUGGCCAUCGUCGUUACUAUUGAUGUGAUUUACUCUUUGUUUCUAUGGAAGGCAAGCGUUGUGAAUAAAGAUUCAUUGUGAUAUUGCAUGACAAA